AUGACACCGUUGCUCAUCCAAAUUCAAAGGUGGAUGACGGAUACAAAGGUGUGGAGAUUUGUUUGCUUUGCAUCAGCUAUUGUUGGAUUGCUUUGUUAUGCUCUAAGUUCUUCCUUCAACCAUCUAUUUGGAAAUUGGAAUUUCAUGAAAAUAUUUCUUUACACAAUUUUCAGUUUCAUCAUUUGUCUAAUCAUUUUGUUUGCAAGAACAUGGCGAGACAUAACAAGUCUUCGGUUCAAAGCUCAUUCAACGUUUCUGGUAUUGGUAAUUACCUCUUUCUAUUCUUUUUUCUCUGAUAAAGUUAUAACUGGAAAACCAGAUCUAUAUAGUUCGAUUUCAUAUGCCGCCUUUGCUCUCAUGUCACUUAGUUUAUCAAGACAAAUUCAAUGCGGAUUCGAAGUGGAUCUUAUGUACUUUUAUCUAGGAUGUUUAAUUAUACAACUCAUGAAGAUUAAAUUGCCGUUAGCUAUUAUUGGAGCAUGUUAUAGCUACUGUCUUAUUAUUCUUCGUUCUACUUUCUCUUCCUUAAGUGUUUCACCAGAAAAUCAGUAUCUCGAAGAACAGCGUAUAAUCAUUCGAGUUGAUUCACAACAACAUGAAAAUAUCAAUACUGGUACCAACGUCAUGCAAGAGUUUAUGACUUGUAUGGAUGAGCUUAAGCAGAAUAACUCAAACAUUUCGUUCACUAACCUAACAUUCUAA